AUGAGAGGUGAUAAUGAUGCUUCCUUCAUUGUAGUAUCGGAUGAGGGAAACGAUAAAGUGGGAAAAUAUGAUUGGAUUGAAUUUUGCAAAGUUUUUCAGGGCUUCUUUGAUAUCCCUGUGGAUAAUCUGUUUGCAGAACCGGCAAUUCUAAAAUAUAUUAAAGAGUCGAUACCGAAUUGGCAGGUGGCAGUUAUUGUAUCACCAGAUGCAGUUGGUGCGAAACGAGUAACUUCAAUUGCUGAUCGUUUAAAUGUUGAUUUCGCACUUAUUCACAAAGAACGGAAAAAGGGCCAAUGA